GUUGACAGCAUGAGCAUAUUGUGUAGCAUGCACGGCCAACGAGCUUUCAUCAUAACAUGGCGUCAAAAUGGCGAGAGUCGAGUGUCGUUGUUAUGAGAGGAUGUUAAUAUCAGGUAAUUGAGACAAAGCUGUUUGACCGUGACCCUUGACCACUCCAUGCCAUAUAUCCGGUGGCAUGGGUCACAAUGACUAAGAACCACUUUGACACAUUGGGUCUUAAACCAGGGGCCUCUGAAGAUGAAAUUAAGAAGUCUUUUCGCACUCUGGCCAAGAAGUGGCACCCAGACAAAAACAAAGAUGCAGGUGCAGAAGAAAAGUUUAAAGAAAUUUCAGCAGCUUAUGAUUACCUCCAAAGCAAAGAUCGGAGAGAGAUACUUGAGAGAGAUAUUAACAAGAAGAGAGAAGCCAAGAAAACAGAAACCACAAAUGCACAAUCAUCAAGUUUCUUUAAGACAAACAACAGCCCAAAGUAUACAUCUUCAGAAUCCUAUACCUCCAGCACAAAAACACAAUCGGAGAAGAAGGAAAACAAAGACCCGGGGAAGAAGAGAGAUCCACACUGGACAAGUUCCUUCUUUGGGAAGAAUAAGGAAGAGAGGAAGAAACCGUGGCAUCAGAAAGGGGAGGAAACUCGGACCUACAAAGAAGAAAAGGCUCCACCGAAAUACACAAAACAGCCUCCUACAUUUUCAGAUGCGUUUCGCUCAUUUGUCAAUCAUUUAGAUUCCGAGUUUGAUGCCUUCUUCCACGAACCUGGUCAGGAGGAUGAGUUUGCCGACUUCCUGUCCCCAGUGUCUGUCAGUCCUCAUAGGAAAAGUAAAAAGAAACCACCGAUGAGACCGCGUAAUGUUGCCUCCGAAACAGGGAAGGCGGAGGGCUUGGAUGAAGAAUACAUGUUCACACCUCGUGCAGGUCAUCAACAGAGGGUCUAUGCAUCUGAUGAUAGUGACAUGUCAUCUGACGGGGAAUUUGGAUAUGAUGCUGACAGAGCUGCUGCUAAGACGCCAUGCCGCCACUGUGGGAAGCCUGUCAGAGCCUAUAGACUGGUCCAGCAUGAGCAGGCUUGUGGCAGGUUCACUGAUAGCUCCAAUGACGAAGAUAUUUUCCCAGACAUCAAUUCUCGACCUAUGAAGGCGACUGGUGACUGGCGCCAGACUCAUACAGAACUCCGUAAUCAUAUCCGCAGAGCUAAACAGGCAGCACGGGCCAGAGCUGCAGAGGAACGUUUUGCACCUGUGACGUGUAAAUGGUGUGGUCGCAUGUUCAACAAGCAGGCUGCAGAACAUCACAUCCCCAUGUGUGAGAGACGGACAAAACAACAUGGCUCACCCAUGAGUUCUACUGGCCACACAAUUACCCCCAGCAAGAGCAGCAAGUCAGAGAGAGCCAGGCAGGUUAGUGGUACUGUCAGAUUGCUUGACUGGGUAGUAUGUGUAUUUGUAUUUAUGUAUGAGGGAUGGACAAAACAACAUGGCUCACCCUUGAGUUCUACUGGCCACACAAUUACCUCCAGCAAGAGCAGCAAGUCAGAGAGAGCUAGGCAGGUUAGUAGUGGUACUGUCAGGUUGCUUGACUGGGUAGUAUGUGUAUUUGUAUUUAUGUGUGAGAGAUGGACAAAACAACACGGCUCACCCUUGAGUUCUACUGGCCACACAAUUACCCCCAGCAAGAGCAGCAAGUCAGAGAGAGCCAGGCAGUAUGCAAAGAAAGUCCCUCGUCCAGGAGGCAAGAGGGAAGAUGUGAGUGACUCUAGUGAAGAAGAAACUCCAGGAUCUCGGAGAUAUGGUCACCAGGCAACACAUGUUGGCAGAGACAGAGGCAAAUCAAAAGAAGAACCACACGUGUCGUUCCACUCACAGCCAGGGGUACGCAGAGGUCAGCAGACAUCUGCUUCAAACCAUUCUUUUCUCGGGGUCAAUGGAGAGGGGCUGAAGAAAAAAAACAGUGCCAGCAACCUCAGCAAUAAUAGUAACCUUGGAGAUGGUGGUUGUUCCCAGUGUCGCAGCAAGUACGGAAGUGCUGCCAAGUUCAACUGUAGCUGUGGAACUAGGAACAGUUUCAGGUGACAGAUGUGUCAUUCUCAGUACGGAGGUGUUGAUCUUGUGAUGGAGGUCUCAUGAAGUGUGUCUGGCUCAUGAUGGAUGUGUCUGGCUCAUGGCGGAUGUGUCUGUCUCAGUGUGACGGAUGUGUCUGUCUCAUAAGGGAUGUGUCUGUCUUUUGACUGAUGUGUCUGUCUCAUGACAGAUGUGUCUGUCUUGUGACGGAUGUGUCUGUCCCAUGAUGGAUGUGUCUGUCUCAUGACGGAUGUGUCUGUCUCAUGACAGAUGUGUCUGUCUCAUAAGGGAUGUGUCUGUCUCAUGAUGGAUGUGUCUGUCUCAGUGUGACGGAUGUGUCUGUCUCAUAAGGGAUGUGUCUGUCUUAUGACUGAUGUGUCUGUCUCAUGACAAAUGUGUCUGUUUUGUGAUGGAUGUGUCUGUCCCAUGAUGGAUGUGUCUGUCUCAUGACUGAUGUGUCUGUCUCAUAUGGGAUGUGUCUAACUCAUGACUGAUGUGUCUGUCUCAUGACAAAUGUGUCUGUUUUGUGACAGAUGUGUCUGUCUCAUGAUGGAUGUGUCUGUCUCAUCACUGAUGUGUCUGUCUCAUGACGGAUGUGUCAUAUCAGUCUCUUGAUGGACAUUACCUUAUCAGUGAAUUUCUUUGCAUUGACUACACACAAGACCUGAGGAUUGCAAUCAGCAUUGUGAUAUGAUCUGUGACCAACAUCUGUUCCUUCGCACUAUGACAAUCGUAGGUGUGCCUAACAGCAUGAGAGCUAUGACAGUCAUAGGGCUGAGAUCUCUGUUUGGAUCAGCAUCACAGGACAUAAAACAGUUCUCACUUACGCAUGUAGUAUUAUCACUAUUGCAGUUCACACCUUACUGUAGACUCUAGUCCCAGCACUAGUCCCCUUAUACACAACUGCAAGCUUAAAGCACGUUCACAUCAGUUUGUAGGCUAAUCUGAUAGGCUUUGAUUUUUAUUGGUCUUAUACAGAGUUAUAUCAGUGACAUAGAGCCCAACUGGCUCGUUGGGUAGCCUAGUCCAUCAAUUGUUCGAUCAUCACACUGAAUAUAUGUUUGACUCUCAGAUGUGUACACUAUGUGAAGCCCAUCUUGGUGUUCCUCAAUAUAGCUGGAGGGGGCACAGGUGGCCCAGUCGUCUGAGGCACCGCGAUUCGCUGUGCAGAGUUGCGUCCCUUGGGCAUGCCAGAAACCUAUGAUUGUGGGUUUCGAAUCCCGGUUCGCCCAGAUUAUGUUUCUAGGUUUGUCAGCACCAUACCCGUGCUCGUGGGUUUCACCGAAGUGGUAACCGUCUGAGACCUGCAUCACUUUGGGUCUUAAACCACAUUGACCUAUUUCUUACUCAUAGGGUUUUUAAAGAUGAGGAGGGGUUGGGCUUGUUGGUUAUUGUUAUAGAAGAUUCUGUUUGGCUCUCUUACAAAGCUGAGUUUUGUUUCCUUUGUAACCAGCAUUAAUUGUAUCGAAAUAUUCAUGCAGGAAGAUGAUGAUUAUACUCUUUGUUAUUGUUAUUUAGUUAUUAUUAUGGCUAUAGAAAUCAAGAUUGAUCUUAUUAAUAAUCUUAUUGUAAACAUGCACAUGAUUAAUUGGCAAUAAAGUAUUCUUUAUUCCCCUUUUAGUAUGGUAAACCUUGGCAAACCUUUUAGCAUCAGUUUUGUGUUUCAGUUUAAGCUGGUGAUGUGGAGAUUAAAUCUUACUUCCUAAUUGUUCAUAAUUCAUGAAGUUUGUGGUUAAUCAUAUAUUGGAAUUAUUCCCAGAUCUCAGAGAUCAUUAAUCUGGCCUAGAAUGCAUUGAAGCUCAUAUUUUCUUAAGUGCAUGAAAACUGUUCAGGAAGUCAUUGGCAGUAAUUUACUGAGGCCACAUGCGGAGUCUGGGUUAAAAUAUAGGUCACAAGGGAACCUUUCCUUGUUGUUAGAGGCGACUAAGUGGAUUGGAUGGUCAGUUUCGGUGACUUUGUUGAUUGCAUAUCAUCGUACCCAGACGGCGUGGAUUUUUGCUCAUAAUAUCUAGACCGCCUCUGUGGUCUAGUGGUAGAG